AUGACUCACACCAAUCGAUGGCUGAGCGAAGAGCACAGCAGUUUAUCAGGCGCUUCGCUGGGCAAAAUCAUUUCGACAGGUCUCUUGCUCGGGGUUGUGCACGUCUUGACAGGUCCAGACCAUUUGAGUGCAUUGGCUGCCAUGACCACUGGCUCAUCGUGGCGAGCGUUUGCAUUGGGCAUUCGAUGGGGUUGCGGACAUUCCAUCGGUCUCAUUUUCAUGGCGCUUAUUUUCUUUGCUGCUGGACAAACACUUGACUUGGAUCAAGUAGGCAGGUACCUGAAUUACGCCGUCGGGUUCUUCAUGAUCGUGCUGGGACUGUGGACAGCUUUCCAUGAACGCAGGAAAUACCGAGCACAGCUGAAAGAAGGAGUACCGCCUUCUCUGGUAGGUGAAAUCGAAGAAGGUCAAAUCCAGAGCAGUCCAGUCAGUCAACGCAAUUCGAGCGCCACGCCAACCAAUUUGGUAGAGCUAAUGCCUUUGUCUCAGCAACGCUUGUCCAGCAUUUGCUCAGAUGCACCACCGCACGUAUCAAUAGUUUCUGCAAAAGAGUGUACUGGAGUUGAGACGUCAGCUUCGCCGUCUACGUCUUUUCAAGCGCUCAAGCAAGAGGAAGGUAGCUUGUUAGCUUCAGCUCAGUGGUCUCAAGCUGAGGAUAUUACAGAAGGAGGGACGGUAACGUCUUCUUCGUUCCAUCCCCGCAAUUGGAUGUGCUGUCAAUGUGUCGACUUUGAGAAACCGACGACGCAAAAGAUUAUGGCGCUGAUCAUUGGAAUCAUCCACGGCUUUGCUGGACCUGGAGGUAUUCUAGGCGUACUACCCGCCGUUGUGCUGAACGACUGGACCAAGUCGAUUUCCUAUCUCGCCUCCUUCUGCGUAGCGUCAAUCUUCAUCAUGGGUGUCUUUGCGGCUCUCUACGGUGAAGUCACUGGUCGACUUGGCGGCAAUUCGUUGGUAGUGCAAUUCCGGAUCGGCAUGUUUUCCUCUUUUUUCUCAUUCAUCGUUGGCGUUGCGUGGGUCGCGCUCCAAGCCAGUGGUCAAAUGUCAGCCGUGUUUGGAGAAUAA